AUGCAUACGUCGUUUGAGGGGUUGGCUUCGAAGCUCACCGCACUUCAAACACAAGUGAUUCACGCCGCGAAUAGCACCAGCGAGGAUGCAGCCAUAUUCAAUACCUGCCGCGGCUUUCGUACCGGAACACCGUCGCUUUUCACGGUACUGCUGUUUCCACUCCUGGCAGUGCUCUUCUCGUACAUCAUUCGCGGCCUUUUCAUUCGAUACCGACUGACCUUACCGUAUACCGUUCCGCUUGUCAUUCUUGGCGGUGUUUUCGGGGUCGCUGGUUGUUACCUACCUCUGGGUGAAUUGUCAGAGUCACUGCGGCUAUGGGUAAGCGUCGACAAACCGACGAUCCUGUACUACAUCCUGUUCCCGCCGAUUCUCUUCGAGAGCGCCAUGUAUCUUGACUGGUGGGUCGUGAAACAUACCAUUCCCCAUCAAUUCGCGCUAAGCAUUAUCUUGGUUUUCAUUUCGGCGGCGAUUGUGGCGGCAUUCACCACGUACGUGUUCGGUACAGCCGGUUGGAGCUUCGAUGCUGGCUGGCUCUUUGGGGCGCUCAUUUCGCCAACGGAUGCACUUGCGGUUGCGCUUACGCUUUCCCAAACGCCGGUGCGGAAGCAUAUCCAGGUCAUGAUCCAGGGCGAGGCGCUUUUCAAUGACGGUUCCGGAUUCACUCUCUUCAUUGUCUUCCUCUCUCGUCUGAUGCCGAAUCCGAAUCUCUCCUUUGGCUACCUUGUAGAGCAGUUCUUCCGUCUUGCAGGUGGCGGUUUCCUCAUCGGUAUCGCGAUGGGCAUCCCGACGUUGCUGCUGCUUCGCCUCGUCUGGCGAGAUGCUGCCAUCGAGAUCGGCAGUACACUCGUUAUGGCGUAUCUGGUGUUCUACGUUGCAGACGGGCCCUGCGGCUGCAGCGGCAUUGUGGCUGUGUCCGUGUUCGGCGUGAUGUUCUCCGCUGACCGAAUCGCUUCGAUCACACCGGCAUUUCAAGAGUCUCUGGAUGCAUUCUGGGAAGCGAUAUCGCAUAUCAUCAAUUCGAUUGCAUUUGUGUACGCUGGCUUUAUCUCCGUGGUCAACCUCAUUGUUUUCUGGGGAAAGAGUGGCGUGAACGCCGCGGCAAUUGGCUACGGAGUAGCGCUCUAUCCUGUCACUUACCUCUGUCGUGUUGUGGCGGUGGUGGCGCUGUUUCCUAUUCUGCGCACUGGUCGUUACGGGGCCUCGUGGCGAGAGGCCAUCCUCAUCGUUCACUGUGGCCUACGCGGAGCCAUCUCUCUCAUUGCCGCCCAGAUUGUCUUCCAUACGCCUUCCAUUCGCGGUAGUACAGUGGUAUCUGCUCGGGUUCAGCUGUGGACCUCGAUGAUCGUACUCCUGACUCUGUUGUUCCAGGGAACGACAGUGAGGCAGGUCGCUGCCUGGCUGGGCCUCCUCAGCCAGAGUGCCGCUGAAGUGCGACUGUUUCGACUCCAGGUACGCCGUCUUCACCGGCAAGCCAAAGAGGCGCUGCGGGAGAUGCAGAAGCACAGUCGCUUCGUUCACGCAAAUUGGGGAUUCGUGGAAGAGGCUGCCAUUCUACCUUACAAACUCGAUGAGCUGCUGUUAAGUGCAGGGCGGGUGCGCGCCCGUAUUCGGCACUUGGCAGCGCGCUACACGAAGGCCGCUGCCGGGAACGAUCCUCCAGCGAGCUUGAACGGGGAGCAGGCGCCCGGCUACGGAGUGGCGCCCCCAGGACAAGCCACGCCACCAACUGGGCCGCGUGAGCCAGACUGUGCGUCCCGUUCUCCCGAGUCGUCGUCUCUGGAUCCUGGAGAUGACGCGAACUCCGGUACGACAAGCAGCAGCGCUCCGGUACCGUGGUCGAAUGCCGAAGCCAUCUGGAAGGCGCGUCUACGUCAGCCCGAUGCUGCUGGCACUCCUGCACCCGACAAGACGGCAACUGGGGCAUCUCGCGUCUCAUCAUUGCCUCCGGGACCAGUGCCGGAUACAGGAAAUCCUGCAAGGGCAGUCCGAACUCCAGAGCCAGAGCCCCUUCCCGAAGAGUCGCUUCCAAGUCUAGCGCACUGGCUAACGCGUUUCCCUCUCGAGCGCAAGCUCGGGGACUCCCCGGCGUUCAGUCGCCUCCUCAUGGAGAGUCGCCGGCGCACGCUGCUUGCUGUGCGUGCGAACGUGCAGAAACAGCACCUCAUUGGGUCGAUUAGUCGUGUCACGUACCGCCUCCUCGACUCAGUAACCGACUACGUCAACGAUAAGGUAUGCCUGGCGCCGCACACCGGUACGCUGCGCCUCUGUGAGGGCAGUCAGAAAGCCGGCUGGGGCUUGCGUCGCUACGAGCGCCUCGCCAUACACGUCUUGGGUAGGGUGCGCUUUCUCGAUCGACUGGCUCUGGCACUGCUUCACCGUCGUCUGUUUGUUGGCUAUGACGUGCUGUCGGGACUGGCGGUAGCGCUCGCCCAAGCCUGGCGGAGCCGUUAUUCCGAAUGCAUGCGAGCACUCCAUUCCCUGCUUCGACAUGAGAAAAGUGAACCUCAUCCGCGAGCGGUGCUUUUGCUCACCAUGAUUCUGCAUGCGAAUGCGCAAGUCUUGCAAGAGCUGGAGCACGAUCUACAGCGCUGCGAGCAGCAUCUUCGUUCGAUGCGAAUCCUCAGCCUCGAAACGGUACGCUCUGUGGAGUCGUUGCGAGCAGCCGCAGUAAUGCUCAGUCGACAGGAGCGUCUCCUGGAAAUCAUGUACGCGGAGGGUCUCCUGACCAAACGCGAGUUUCGAGGUCUUUUGGACCAGAUUGAUAUGCGGCGAGAGGCUCUGCAGCGAGUUUCUGUGCGAUUUCCGGCUCCGUCGUUUGAGAAGCGCAUUGAGGCUGGUAUUCGGCGCUGGUUCCAGCCCGCGGCACCAAUGUUCCACGAGACGCAGUCGCCAGGAUCCAAACCUGUGCUAGCGACAGCGUCGUCGUCAGCAGGGGGCACCCCGAAAACCACCACCACCACCACCACCACUACAGGCGCAUCCUUCGCACCAGCGGGAGCGACGAGCGUCCAAACGAGUGCUCCAGCAGCAGCAGCAACAGCAGCAACAACGUCAACAUCGAUAACCGAAAGGCUUCUGGAUGGUGGUCUGAACUCCGCCUCUGCGCAGGCGUAUCGCCUCUAUGUCGCUUUUCGCCAGGCUGGCCAUGUGCGCUCGUUACUGCUAGGCGAGCGUCUCCAGGCGAGUUUUCAGCUACCAGAUGCGGUGAUUCUCGUAGCACACGGUGUUCUAGAGCUCCGCUGGUACUGGAGCCGUACGCAGCAUAUAGCGUCAGGGCGAGCACGCCUUCCCCUUGGCUUUGGACGACCACGCACAGCGGUAUCGUAUCCUCCGCAGCAGCGCCAGGCACCGGAGACGCACUCUAGGAGGCAUUCACAGCAGCGACGCAGCGCGCACCCGGGCCCAGCGCCUCACCUGGUGCUCUCCGAGCCGGACCUGGAGGCAGCGCAGCCGACAAGCGCGCUACCUGCCGUAUCUCCGGUAUGCACCCGAUGCAGAGACACUGCGCCGUGUCAUGUCCACGAAGAGCAGCAGUCGACAUGCACUGAAGCGACGACAUGCUUGCUCUCCCCGAGCGGUACAGCGAUCGACAUGCCAAUGACACAGGCGAUUGCUCGCCUCAUCAGCAGAGACCAACACCAGGCGGAAGAGGCGCUCCGGGCAACGUCGGAGCGCUUGGCGGUUGCCGCAGCCACCUUUACUGGUGAACUCGCUACGGACUCGGCGACUGGUGUGCUCGUUGCAAAAGCACCUGCAGCGGACGCUGCGAGACAAGUGCCGGACGGUGCCCCGGCCACUAGUGGCCUUCGCCGGUGGUGGCAGCAGCAGCAGCAGCAGCAGCAGGAACAACAACAACAUCAUCAGAAGCAGCGUUGGUGGAGGAGGAGGUGGCCCUGGUGGGAGCGUCUCCGUGGUCGUCGUCGUCAGUCAUCUCAAGGAGAUGGCGAGCAACGUGAUGCCCAACAAAAACAGCUUCCCGCGCGUUUGUUUGAGCCUGCUUCCCGGGAUGCUGAACAUGCUGUUCCAGGAACGUCCAGUGAAGCGCUCACCGUUGCUCCGCAUGACUGGAUCAGCGGAGAUGGGAAAGAUGCUUCGGGUGUCACUGAUGGCAAGCGCGAGGGCGCUGCCUGCCGUCGGGCGGAUGCCAUGCGAUCGAAUCGAACCUGGACUAACAACAACAACAUCAGCAGCAAUAAUCGUAAUCAUUGUGGGGAUCAUCGCAACACUGGGGCACACCAGUCGCGUUCGAGCACAGCACGUUGCGCGACUGGCACACCGCCGUCGGCGAUGCGCCCUGGAACGGACCUCGUAGAAUGGGAUGAUGAUGAAGGUGAAGAUGCACUGGAAGGUGAAGCGCUCGAAACCGAGUCCGCUGUGCUCGAUGCGACACCUGGUGCCCUGCUCGUUGCGUCUUCCUGGUCGGCUGCAGCGCCCGAACAAGAGCGUCUGACGCUUGCCACCUCGCCUUCGCAGUGCACAGCUGCGGAGGGCCUGCUCCCUCUCCCAGAAUACGAGGUGGUGUCGCUCCUUCGUCACGAUGAUCCUCUGCGCAAUGUGCAUGGUGUCGGUGGCGUCCUAUUUGCGCACCGGUACCCCUACGAGCUCGUGGUUGCCAGUCCGGUGGCCAACGUGCUUCUUAUUCCUCGUCAAGCGUUUCAGCAACUGGUGAGCAGUGAGCGAGGUUGGUGGCAAGAGGCGCUCCGACUAGGCGCCGCGGAGCUCGUGGAUGCCCUUAUCCCGGGCCUGGAGACGUUCUUCUCUGAACUCUACCAGAUUGCAGUUACGGAAGACGGUAACGGAAACAGCCUUCAUGCGCUGCAACGGCCACAUUCUGAACACAUGGCAGAGUCGGUUACUUGUCCAGAGCUGUCACUCCGGAAUGCAGCCUUAACCGAGUCUGAACAACGAGCAGCCGCACUUGUCACGAUGACGACGACGGCAGCUGCGGGGAUACCUUCGAAAAGCGCCGGCGGUAAUGCCGCAAUAGCCACGACGCCAUUGGCUGCAUCUGGCGUACCGCUGGAUACCAGGGCGCCCACGAGACCCGAACCAACAACACCCGCUCCGACAACGUUGGUAGAUCGUCAACCGCUGGUGCUUGGAGAGCGCCCAGAAACCGGAGCAUCCACUGAAGCAGGUUCGCACAGUGCCGCAGCGCGCCCAACACGAAGACCUCUGCUUCCACCACGUCAGGACUCGUUCACGAUGUAUGAUUAUCUGCAGCGUUCGGAUCAGGCAGCACCGUGGUGGCUGGACGCUUCACGCUCCACUGAUGAUCGAGCAAACCUGCGCUAUCAGGUAUACGUAACGGGUGCACUGGCUUGGUACGGCCUCUACGAACGCGUCUAUCAUGUGCACGAGGGCAUCUGCGCUGUGAACGUGCCGUUGCUGGAACCUGCAACCCCGUCCCUUAUUCUGAUACUCCUUACGGGAACGCUGGAGAUUCGUCCCACCAGUGCUUACGGUGCCCAGAUCCUGCAGGAUGCGUUCGUUCCUGAGACUGGCUCAGAUACACCUGCGGGGCCGUGGCUCCAGCGAUAUCGAGCGCCACUGAUGCCGACAGCGAGUUCCCAAACAGGUACUGGUGUUGAGCGCGGGUCAGCGUCUCCCGCUGCUGAGCGCGAACACGAAAGCGCCGUAACAGGGGAAGCAGAUGUCCAGCCUGCUGGCGGUAUACGGAGCGCGGAUGCGUCGCGUCGAGUAGACACAAAACCGAGACGUUGGCUCUUGUUGCCGGAUGGAAUGCCCCCUGCGAAGCUUCUUGUUUUGCGUGGUGCCGCGAUUCCUUCACUUUUGCAGUUUCUGAGCAAUCACGAGAAAGCGUCCGUUGCUUCAGUGGCGUUACACCAGGCAAAUGACGCAACCCUGCCGCAGCAGCGGUUACGACCUGGUAGCACCAGCAGCGACGGAAACGGCAGUACAGGGACUGGCAAAAUCACCGAUAGCGGUGGCAACAGGAGCAGUCUCAGCGGCGAUGCUCCGUCACCGCUUUCUGAGUGGCAAACCUGGGCGGGUCGAGUCUCCGCACCAGCAGUACUUCGCCUGGACCAUUUCGCUGCGAGUUGCGCUCGCCCCUGUGAGGAUGUUGCGCUCUUUGCUGCUGCCGCUUCAGACAGAAACGAUGCAGUUGCUUCGGCUGUAUCGAAAACCGCCACUUCUCCCUGUUUCCUGUGGAUGGAUUUGAACCAGCCUCUUCUCCAAAAGGAGCGAAAGCGCCUUGUACAGAGUGCAUUACGGUUACAACGUUUGGCUGCGGCUCGUGAGCGGGUCAGCAGUCGGCGCGGGAGAGGAGCACAGCGACUUUCGACGACGACGGCACCCAUGAGCGACACCUCGCGUAUCUCGAAACCGAGUGAAGUAGACCAGCCCGGAAACACUGUUCCCGCUGAUAUCAUGUGCGCUGGGACGGAUGCGCUGCAUCCUACCUGUUCAGAUGGCAGCAGUGGUGAGCGCUUUAUCGGACAAGCGGCUGGCGAAAGUGGCACGCGUCCUGGGCUUUUACGCAGCUGGACGCUGCCGUCCGGAAUGGUCUCUCUAACCGAAACGUUUCCGUCCGAGUCUGCUGACCGGGAACGUUCGGAACAGACCAGAGGGCAUGCUGGAUCCAUUGCUGGCCCUUGGAUGCGUCAAUUCGAGCAGAAACACCGAACGGAAACGGAAACGGAACUUGAGCAGCAGCUCUGGCGACACCGACAUACUCGCCCACCGCGACGUUCUCGAUCCGAACUGGUCGAUAUCCUAGCGAACUACAGUGAAGAGGUCGCCAAUCCUGUUGAGGAUACAGGCCUGCAACUGCUAUUCGAGGAAUCUGCAACUGGCACUCCGGUGGUGUACCGCGGGGGGAGCACGGGCCAAGCACCGCCUUGGCAGACCAGAGACCUGCGGGAGACACAUCGCAGCGUAUCGGACACCGUCCUGGAAGGCUCGUCGUCCUUCCUCUCUGCAGAACAAGAUGCAGGGAGCAUCCCUGCGGUCACGGAUCCAGCUUCUGAAGUACUUGAAUCGAAUACACCGGAUCGGCGUCAGCUAGAGCGGGAUGCAGAGCUCAUGGCACGGGAACACAUGUUCUAG